UCGAUUGUCACCGUCUCGAGCCGUAGUAACGAAAGAACCACGAAACCAGGGUUGAAGAGAGAGAGAGAAGGUCGAGAUCUCGACGAACGACGUCGUAUUUUGGCCCAGAAAGAGAGAAGGAUCAACAUGAAGGCUUCAGGAACUCUGGUGGCCUCGGUGUUGGCGGCGUCCACCAUGGUUUUCGGCUCCUCCACCGGAGGUCGUGAUGUUUCUCUGGACUCUUCUUCGAAUCAGGACUUUUCUUCGUCCUCGGGAAGAAAAAACUAUCCCAAAACGACGUCGGAGAACGAGAAAUUCUCCCCAAGGUUCGACGGCUUGAGGUUCAUAGAAACGUUGGUCACAGCUCACAGAUAAGCUCGGCUCGGCUCAUACUUGGCUUAAGGCCGACGUUUCUAACUAUACUUUUUUUUUUGUUUGCAUCUUUUAGAAAAAGGAGCUAUUUUUAAUUAAUUUCGUGUUUAAAAAACACUAAUGGAAGAGUUUUGGUCGUUGUGGUACUAAAAAUCGCAACCCAGUUUUGCCGUACAAGUGAUUCGAAUCGUGUUUGGUCGUCUAAUUUAAUUUCCUUUUAUAUUUAAAAACGACAUUUUCUUACUUUGUGGUUGAAUUUUAUUUGUCUGUGUUGAUUGUCGUUUAUUAAGGAGUUGAUUAGCUGUAAUGGCGAAAUUAAUUACUUCACUGUACACCUGAUUUAAUUAUAAUCAUUUUAAUAUGUCUAGAUUUAGCUGCCA